AUGUCCUCCAUCAACGAGAAGAAGCAAGAUAAUGCUUCUGUUCACCAUGGGUAUGCUAAGACGACGUCACCUGUAGAGCCGGCCACCAUCUCAAUUCGAGAGACAAUUCAAGGCAACGGCGCUGUGCUCUGGUGGGCUUUCUUUUUUGCCAUGAGUGUAAUUGGCUGGGGAUUUGACGCCCAAGUAAACGGAGCCAUGAUAUCUGUCCCAGCAUUCCGUAGAGAUUUUGGAUACCUCUUCGAAGGCCAGUAUGUCAUACCUGCGGACUGGCAGAGUGCCUUUAACAUCAUCUCGGCUGUCGGGCAAUUCGUUGGAGGGUUCGUUUUUGGAUGGCUGUCUGAUAGGCUGGGUCGCCGAGGUUCUUUGGCAACUGGUGUCUUGAUUUGCAGUGGUGGCAUCAUUGGACAGCUAUUCGCAGCUACGAGACCAGCUUUCCUGAUCAGCAAAUUGAUUCUUGGUGUUGGCUUGGGAGCAUACCUGACUGUUGGCCCUCUCUACUGCUCAGAAGUAAGCCCCGUUUCACUUCGUGGUAUCACGACUGCAGGAAUCAACUUGGUUUUCCUUUUGGGUGGACUUCCCUUCGCUCCGGAAUCACCCUGGUACUUGGUCCGACAGGGCAAGCUAGAAGCAGCAGCAAAGAGCUGUGCCAGACUCUAUCCUCACGAGGCCGAUAUUGAAGCUAAAGUUGCAUCCAUCAAGCAGCUCGUGGACAUCGAGAUACAAGAAGACAAGGGAACCUGGAUGGAUUGCUUCCGUGGCACAGACUUGCUCCGCACUGGCAUCUCUACUGGUGUCUUUGCUUGUCAGCAUCUCGUUGGUAUCAUCUUCGUAUUGGGAUUCACCGGUUACUUCUUCCAACUUGCCGGUCCCUCUGUCUCGAAAUCUUUCGAUAUGGGUGUCGGAGUCACGGCUUGCGGAGUACUUGGAAACUUCCUCUCUUGGUUCGCCGUCAACUACGGUCGCAGGAAGGUUUUCGUUCAAGGAAUGGCUGUCUUGACGACAAUUUUAAUGCUCAUGAGAAUCAUGGACGUCAUUCCCACAGGUGGAGCAAAGUGGGCGCAGGCUGCACUCACAGUCAUCUACGCUUUCGUUCACUUUAUGACCAUUGGGGCCAUGGCUUUCGUGCUCUUGGGAGAAGUCUCAGCCCCUAGUCUCCGAGCGAAGACAAUGGGUCUCGCAGCAGUAACACAAUCCGUCUUUGGUAUCGCGAUGAACUUCGCCAUCCCAUAUAUGGUCAACCCAGAUUCCGGAAACUUGAAAGGAAAAGUUGGAUUUGUAUUUGAGGGACUUGGUCGGAUUGCCACGAUUGGAAGCUACUUCUAUGUUCCUGAACUAAAGGGUAAGACAUUUGCAGCGAUUGACUCGUUGUUCCAGGCUAAAGUAGCUCCACGAAAAAUGGGUGAUGUCAAGCCUGAACAAGAAGGCUCUAAAGACUCAAGCUAUACCUACGUGCACUUUAACCGUCCUCGAGACGCUGACCUCUUUGAGGACUUCUGCAAAGACAAGCUCCCAGACGACGAGAUCUACGUGCCCCCUCACAACCAACCCAUCAAUCCAGAGGAUGAAGACGAUGUAGUGCCCGAUCAGCACGCGGCGUUUGGCAUCCAGCGUGCAACGCAGAAGACAAAGGAGGCGGCUUGGAAGGAUCUGGGACUUGCGGAAUUGAUGAGGAAAGGACCUGGCGCGAAGGGUGGGAGUGGGAGCACUGCUGGGGACAGUGCAACGAGAGACACAGGCGUGUUCAAGCCGGGAAGCAAGAGUUUGCCGAGGUGA